AUGGACCAUCAGUGUGGACCAUCAGUGUGGACCAUCAGUGUGGACCAUCAGUGUGGACCAUCAGUGUGGCCCAUCAGUGUGGCCCAUCAGUGUGGCCCAUCAGUGUGGCCCAUCAGUGUGGACCAUCAGUGUGGACCAUCAGUGUGGACCAUCAGUGUGGACCAUCAGUGUGGACCAUCAGUGUGGACCAUCAGUGUGGACCAUCAGUGUGGACCAUCAGUGUGGCCCAUCAGUGUGGCCCAUCAGUGUGGCCCAUCAGUGUGGCCCAUCAGUGUGGACCAUCAGUGUGGACCAUCAGUGUGGACCAUCAGUGUGGACCAUCAGUGUGGACCAUCAGUGUGGACCAUCAGUGUGGACCAUCAGUGUGGACCAUCAGUGUGGACCAUCAGUGUGGACCAUCAGUGUGGACCAUCAGUCCACGACUCCGUGAAGCUGAUCAAGUUCGCGGACGACACCACCCUCAUUGGACUCAUCUCCAACAACGAUGAGUCCGCCUACAGGAGGGAGGUGGACCGGCUGGUGUCCUGGUGCAGUGGUAACAACCUGGAGCUGAACGCCCAGAAGACAGUGGAGAUGAUUGUGGACUUCAGGAAGAGCACUGUCCCCCCGCCCCCACCCUCCGUGAUGGACUCCCCCAUCACCUCUGUGGAGUCCUUCCGUUUCCUGGGCACCACCAUCACCCAGGACCUCAAGUGGGAGCCGACCAUCAGCUCCCUCAUCAAGAAGGCCCAGCAGAGGAUGUACUUCCUGCGGCAGCUCAGGAAAGCCAAGCUGCCUGCACAGAUGUUGGUGCAGUUCUACACGGCCAUCAUCGAGUCCAUCCUCACCUCCUCCAUCACCGUGUGGUUCGCUGGAGCCACAGUCAGGGACAAACAGAGACUACAGCGCAUUGUGCGCUCUGCAGAGGAAGUGAUCGGCCGCAGCCUUCCAUCGCUGCAGGACCUGGCUGCAGUCUGUGAUCUGUACCUUGCCCUGUGUUUAAAACAAGAGAAACUGAAGGAUCUUCUGAAGGCUCCUCUCUGGAGAGACGCUGGGUUCUUCUGUGGGGAUGGUCUGCGGAAGGCCCUGAUCCCGCAGCAGCAGAAGGUUCCGGAGCUGCUGAAGGCCCUGAUCCCGCAGCAGCAGAAGGUUCCGGAGCUGCUGAAGGCCCUGAUCCCUCAGCAUCAGAAGGUUCCAGAGCUGCUGAGGGCCCUGAACUUGCAGCAAGAGAAGGUUCCAGAGUUAUUGAAGGCCAUGAUCCCGCAGCAAGAGAAGGUUCUGGAGCUGCUGAAGGCCCUGAUCCCGCAGCAAGAGAAGGUUCCGGAGCUGCUGAAGGUCCUGAUCCCGCAGCAGCAGAAGGUUCCGGAGCUGCUGAAGGCCCUGAUCCCUCAGCAUCAGAAGGUUCCAGAGCUGCUGAGGGCCCUGAACUUGCAGCAAGAGAAGGUUCCAGAGUUAUUGAAGGCCAUGAUCCCGCAGCAAGAGAAGGUUCUGGAGCUGCUGAAGGCCCUGAUCCCGCAGCAAGAGAAGGUUCCGGAGCUGCUGAAGGCCCUGAUCCCGCAGCAGCAGAAGGUUCCGGAGCUGCUGAAGGCCCUGAUCCCUCAGCAUCAGAAGGUUCCAGAGCUGCUGAGGGCCCUGAACUUGCAGCAAGAGAAGGUUCCAGAGUUAUUGAAGGCCAUGAUCCCGCAGCAAGAGAAGGUUCCGGAGCUGCUGAAGGCCCUGAUCCCGCAGCAAGAGAAGGUUCCGGAGCUGCUGAAGGCCCUGAUCCCUCAGCAUCAGAAGGUUCCGGAGCUGCUGAAGGCCCUGAUCCAGCAGCAGGAGAAGGUUCCGGAGCUGCUGAAGGCCCUGAUCCAGCAGCAAGAGAAGGUUCCGGAGCUGCUGAAGGCCCUGAUCCCGCAGCAGCAGAAGGUUCCGGAGCUGCUGAAGGCCCUGAUCCAGCAGCAAGAGAAGGUUCCGGAGCUGCUGAAGGCCCUGAUCCAGCAGCAAGAGAAGGUUCCGGAGCUGCAGAAGGCCCUGAUCCAGCAGCAAGACAAGGUUCCGGAGCUGCUGAAGGCCCUGAUCCCGCAGCAGCAGAAGGUUCCGGAGCUGCUGAAGGCCCUGAUCCCUCAGCAUCAAAAGGUUCCAGAGCUGCUGAGGGCCUUGAACUUGCAGCAAGAGAAGGUUCCAGAGUUAUUGAAGGCCAUGAUCCCGCAGCAAGAGAAGGUUCUGGAGUUGCUGAAGGCCCUGAUCCAGCAGCAGGAGAAGGUUCCGGAGCUGCUGAGGGCCUUGAACUUGCAGCAGGAGAAGGAUCCGGAGCUGCUGAAGGCCCUGAUCCAGCAGCAGGAGAAGGUUCCGGAGCUGCUGAAGGCCCUGAUCCCGCAGCAGGAGAAGGUUCCGGAGCUGCUGAAGGCCCUGAUCCAGCAGCAGGAGAAGGUUCCGGAGCUGCUGAAGGCCCUGAUCCCGCAGCAGGAGAAGGUUCCGGAGCUGCUGAAGGCCCUGAUCCAGCAGCAGGAGAAGGUUCCGGAGCUGCUGAAGGCCCUGAUCCAGCAGCAGGAGAAGGUUCCGGAGCUGCUGAAGGCCCUGAUCCCGCAGCAGGAGAAGGUUCCGGAGCUGCUGAAGGCCCUGAUCGAGCAGCAGGAGAAGAUUCCGGAGCUGCUGAAGGCCCUGAUCCAGCAGCAGGCGAAGGCAAACACGGCAGACUUUACCUGA